UCGCAACGUUAAUUUCACCAAUUAGGAUGCUACAAUAUUCUUUAACAUUAGGUAGGUAUAUCUCAACGAUUUCUGGUCCGAGGCAGGACAGCUGCACAUAAAAAUACGUACCCUAACAUUAUAGUUUUUAUUUCGACUCUUCCUGAAACGAACUAAAUAUUCGCUGUUAAUUAAAACCUUAAACAUGUUUUAUCCUUUAGAAUGAUGAUGGGUAAAUGGUUUACGGUGUCGUCGGUUGUUCUCAUUACACUUGCUGCUGUUCAGUUCCAAGUUAUUUUAGCGAAUGAUGACUCAUCCACAUCUGGCGAUGGAGAAGAAGGCGAGGAGGAAAAAAAGUACCGCUAUUUAAAUUUGUUUACUGCCUGGCUCGAGAGACCUCCAUACGCAACAUUACCUCCCAAUGGAUCAUUAGACAACAGUGUCCAUGGAAUGAUUCGAGAGGCACUCUUUCGGUACAUAUCUUAUGACUGCGGCAGUGCUAUCCAUAAAAUAUACAUCCCAAAAACAAAUCGUGCUGACAGCGAAUUUGGCAUGAUCGAGAUGCUGAGGCAAAACAAAGUCCAUCUUGCUAUUCCUGUAUUCGAGCCGAUAAACCGACGGUACAUUGAAUUCCCCUUUCUAAAACUCGUUGAUUACCCUGGGACUGAUUUUAUCACAACAGAGGACGAGACGAAAGGGCUCAACAUUGUUUUGAACGCCGUUCUGAAAUCUUGGCCACUGCUCGCAGUUACUCUGAUCCUCACCGCGAUUGCUGGAGUCAUUAUGUGGGCGCUGGACACGUAUUGGAAUAGUGAAGAGUUUCCUCGUUCAUUUAUCAGAGGCUCUUGGGAUGGAUUCUGGUGGUCCUUCAUUUCUAUGACCACAGUAGGGUAUGGCGACAAAUCUCCAAAGUCUGUCGUAGCUCGAGUUUUUUCCAUCAUCUGGAUCCUGUUAGGCCUCAUUAUCAUGGCGAUUUUUACAGCGAACAUUACCUCCGCUCUGACCGCUCUCUCUUUGCAACUGGAACCAAGUAGCCUCGUUGGUUUAAAGGUUGCAGUGUUAGGCAAUGGAACAGAGUACCAACAUGCACUUGAAGAAGAUGCUAGUCCCACAGUGUACCACAGAAUCGACGACAUGAUUCAGGCUGUCAAAUCAAAACAGGUCGAUGGGAUGUUAUUGGAUCAUUAUGCAGCUUCCUAUUACCAGUCAAGAAACCAACUGCAAUCGCUUCACACAGUCAAAAAGUUAGAGCUUCAAAGAGACGUUGGAAUUCUCUUUAACAGAAAUAGAGAGGAUCUUGCAGAGUGUUUAUUGAAUUAUCACCGUGCAAGUAUUUGGAGUUCGGUUCAAACCAUAACUGCUACGUAUAAGCUUACUAAGCUGAAGCCUUCCAAAAACGUCAACCUGUUUGACGAGUCCUCUCCCUUCAUAAAAACGUUCUUGUACAUUUCGCUUGGGGUAUUGGCUGGAUUGCUGCUGAUUGGAACAUUAUCGAACAUCCUUUUUAGACAGAAGAGAAGGGCCCAACGAACGAAAGUAUUAGGAGUUGCGGCAGUUAAUGAAGGAAUGACAUCAGAUACAAUCAAUGACGACAUUAAAGUGGCAAGACAGCUCCUUCGACAAACCCAAGAACAGUUCGACAAACUGGAACUCCAAGUUUCAAGAUUAAAAUACCAUCAAUAAUUUAUGGUAGUGAGAUGUAAGAAUUCAAACUUGGUGACUUGAAAGUUUCAUUUUAUCAAUUCGAUGCUUCAAUUGUUUGUCGUCUUCCAAAUGUUACCACUUUACUGUUUAAUGGAUUGUAAAUGUGUGAUCUUUCGGAACUAACCGUUUUCAACAGCAAACGGUUUCUUAGUAUACACCUUAUUCCAAAAUGGCCGCAAUUUUA